AUGGCCCUGGGCUUCCUGGGAAACAGCAGCAGCCUUUCCUCUACCUUUCUGCUGACUGGCAUUCCUGGGCUGGAGCACACGCACAUCUGGAUCUCCAUCCCUCUGUGCUUCCUGUACCUAGUUUCCAUCCUGGGAAACUGCACCAUUCUUUUUAUCAUCAAAACAGAGCCCUCGCUUCAUGAGCCCAUGUACCUCUUCCUAUCCAUGCUGGCUCUCACAGAUCUGGGUCUGUCCCUCUGCACCAUCCCUACGGUGCUGGGCAUCUUUUGGGUUGGGGCACGAGAUAUCGGUCAUGACGCCUGUUUUGCCCAGCUCUUCUUCAUUCACUGCUUGUCCUUCUUGGAGUCCUCCGUGCUGCUGUCCAUGGCCUUUGAUCGCUUUGUGGCCAUUUGCCGCCCCUUGCACUAUGCUUCCAUCCUCACCAACACGGUUAUUGGCAGGAUUGGCCUGGCUUCCCUGGGCCGUAGUGUGGCACUCAUUUUCCCCUUGCCUUUCAUGCUCAAAAGAUUCCCCUACUGUGGCUCCCCUGUCCUUUCACACUCCUAUUGUCUCCACCAAGAAGUAAUGAAAUUGGCCUGUGGAGACAUCAAGGCAAAUAGCAUCUAUGGCAUGUUUGUCAUUGUUUCCACGGUGGGUGUGGACUCACUGCUCAUUCUCUUCUCUUACGCCAUGAUCCUGCGCACUGUGCUCUCCAUUGCCUCCAGGGCCGAGAGACUCAAAGCUCUUAACACGUGUGUUUCCCACAUCUGUGCUGUUCUCCUCUUCUACAUCCCCAUGAUUGGUUUGUCUGUCAUCCACCGCUUUGGGAAGCAGGCACCCCAUCUGGUCCAGGUGAUCAUGGGUUUUGUGUACCUUCUAUGCCCUCCCCUGAUGAAUCCCAUUGUCUACAGUGUGAAGACCAAACAGAUCCGAGACCGGGUGACCCAUGCCUUUUGUUGCUAA